UUGAAUUAUCGGAAUGAAGUAAAAGGGAAAAAUAACUUUUGAAUUCCAAGGUUUGGGUCAAGUUUGGUGCCUUAAGAUUAGUGUUAAAGUCGUCCACGAGCUAGACUUUCUUGCUUAUCUGGGCACUACUUGAAGCAAACCAGAAAGUUAAGCCUCUUGCACAUAAGUAAGUCGAACGGAAUUGGAUCAAGAACAUCACAUAUCCGGUCGCUUAGCAAGAAAAGGAAUGGCUUCCCAAGAAUCUGAGCUUCACUUCGUCUUGUUUCCAUUGAUGUCCCCAGGCCACAUGAUCCCCAUGAUUGACGUAGCCAGAAUUUUGGCUCACCAUAACGUCAUUGUUACAGUGGUCACAACGCCACAUAACGCAGCUCGUUUCUCAGCAACUUUUGCUCGUUUCUCAGAGUCGGGGCUUCCAAUACGAUUAGUCCGGAUUCAAUUUCCAUAUGAAGAAGCUGGAAUGCCUGAUGGGUGUGAGAAUUUUGACAUGCUACCUUCGCUGGGCAUGGGCUUGAGCUUCUACAAGUCGCUAACCAUUCUGCAGAAACCUGCAGAAGAAUUGUUCCGACAGUUAACGCCUCAACCAAACUGCAUAAUCUCUGACGUGGGUUUGCCAUAUACAGCCCACAUAGCCAGCAAAUUCAAUAUUCCUCGGAUCUCUUUUUAUGGAGUAAGCUGCUUCUGUCUCCUAUGUUGCCUAAAUGCCAGCAUUAACAAUGUUUACGACAACAUCAAGGAAGACUCAGAAUACUUCGUUAUACCUGGCUUGCCUGAUAAAAUUGAGAUCACCAAAGCCCAGUUGCCAGGACCACAGGAAAGCUGGAAGGAAUUUAUUGGCAAAAUGGCUGAAGCGGAAAUGGCGGUUUAUGGGGUAAUCAUGAAUUCUUUUGAAGAAUUGGAGCCAGCCUAUGCAGCAGAAUACAAGAAGGCAAGAAAAGAUAAACUGUGGUGUAUCGGCCCUGUUUCACUCAGCAACCAGGACGACUUAGAUAAGGCUCGCAGAGGUAACAAGGCUUCAAUUGACGAGCACAAAUGCUUGGAGUGGCUUGAUUCGCAGAAACCAAGGGCUGUUAUAUAUGUGUGCCUGGGCAGCAUGUGCAAUCUAACUCCUCUGCAGUUACAAGAGCUUGGCUUGGCUUUGGAAGCAUCAAACAGGCCAUUCAUUUGGGUUAUGAGGGAAGGAAAUCACUCAGAAGAACUGUACAAUUGGAUUAAAGAAGAUAAGUUUGAGGAAAGGACCAGAGGAAGGAGCCUUUUAAUCCGAGGCUGGGCCCCUCAGGUACUUAUAUUGUCACACGCAGCAAUUGGAGGGUUCAUAACACACUGCGGUUGGAACUCAACUUUAGAAGCAAUAUGUGCAGGUGUGCCAAUGCUAACUUGGCCAUUAUUCGGGGAUCAAUUUUUAAAUGAGAAGUACGUCGAGCAAAUAUUAGGAAUUGGAGUGAGCGUUGGGGUGGAGAGCCCCAUGAGCUGGGGCGAGGAAGAGAAAAUAGGGGUGUUGGUGAAGAAACAAGACAUUCUGACGGCAAUACACAGGUUGAUGGAUGAGACAGACGAAAGUGAAGAGCGAAGAAAUAAGGCUAUGAGGCUCGCACAGAUGGCUAAGAGAGCUGUACAACAAGAUGGGUCUUCUGACCUGAACGUGAGCCUGCUCAUCCAAGAUAUCAGGCAACAAACCAAACAUGACUAGUGCCCUUUCGCAACUAGCUAUAAAAUAUAUCGACCAUUUAUUUCACAGUAUGUGGGUGGGUAUCAUAUAUAUUUUAGCACUUUGCUCGUUUUACUUGAUAUGCCAAGUAUAUAAUUACUCGGUAAGCGUGUGACAAAGCAAUACUUUGCUCAUUUUAAGCUUGUGUCGUUAAAUUGGAUCUCAUGUUUCAUAAUUUCCAGCAGUUGAAUGCAACAUGAUACUCUAUGAUGUUCUGAUCUUUGCUUUCCUUAGAUGCAAGUGAUUGGUCCCCA